CGGGUGCCAGAAACCACCUGGGGGGUGGGGGGUGGGGAGGUGGCAUUCAAACAGCACGAAAUGAACUCUUGCUUCUGCGAGACCGAUGCCCCCUCCGGUCCGCCAUCCUAUCCACGGACGCCGGCUUGCUCCGAUCGCGGAGUUCGCCCUUCCGGCUGAGAAUCGGCGAAGCCUCCUCCUCUCCCUCGUAGCUGUGAGUUCCGCGGGACGAUCUGAAGCGGGCAGCUGGGGAGGGGGCGCCUCCUGUCCCGGCCCCCCUUCCAGCCGAGGAGGACCCCCCUCUUGCCGGCUGCGAGCGGAGCCGGGGGAGGGGGGCUGGCAGACGCGGCCCCUUUAACUCUAUCCUCCGCUUUGGGAGUCCUGCGCGGCCCCCCGCCCCUGCUCGCCCCUCCCGCGCCGGGCUGCAGCGGCUCCGUCCCCGCGCCGGCAAAAGGGCUGCUUCCUCUGCAGGGGAGGCCGGGCGAUGCCUGGCGGGCGGAGAGCAGCAGCAGCAGCGCGGGCGGCCAGCUGAUGGGGUCGGUCCAGCCGGGGUCCCCGCCGCCCUAAGCCCCGCCGCCUCCCGCGCGCUCCCUGCCGGACCCGCAACUUGGCCGCCCGGAUCCCCCCACCCCCACCCCCGGCCAUGCCCCGGGCUGAACUUUAGCCGCCGCGCCGGAGGGGCCACCACCUGCAGAGUCCGCGGGGAGCAUCAUGCGCUGAGCCGGCGGCAGUGGCGGCGACCGGAGGGGGCAGAGAGCCCGUCGAGGGGGGCGGGCGCCGGAAGAUGAGCGACGCAGAUUUCACAAAACCACCGCUAGCACCAAAACCAAAGAUUCUCAGUCAUUUUGCUUCCAAAUUUCCUCCAUCACUGUCGAAGUCUGGUACAGUUCUCAAUUCAAACUCUAUGUCUAGGGGUCCAAAACCACCAAUUGCACCCAAACCAAAAAUCUCCAAUGACAGCAAUCCAGUGAUUAUACAGAGAUCUAGUGUUUACGCCAACAACACUUUUAACAGAUGUGCCAACGGAAAGCUAAUAUGUACAGCAGGACAUCUCUGUGAAGGAAAUCAGUGUAACACUAAGUACUCAGAAUUGGAAGCUGCAGAUGAAUAUAUUGUAAUUUCUGAAACUGAUCUGACGGACAGAGACUAUAGUGACUCUGAACAACUGCAGGAACCAGAGGAUGGUAUCUUAGGCAAUCCAGGAACACCAGCCGAUAAGGAAGAGGACAAUUACACUGACAAUGAGAUCUAUGAUUUUGAAAUAAAUGAAUUACAGAGCAAUGAUUCUUCAUAUAGCACCCAGCCAGUGGAUGAGGACUCAUUUGAACCAACUGAUAUCCAAACUCUUGACAGCCCUGAAGGAAUAAAGCAAGAUGCUGAGUAUGAAAAUGUAGACUGUAAAAUUGAUCCCAGUGUAACGGAAAACUGCUGUGCAGAUGGGACUGACGAAACAGUCAGAGAACUCGGUCUGAUGAAGGACAAUAAUGAGUAUAAUAUGGAUGAUAAAAUUUUGAAUGGAGAAGCUAUUUUGAAGGACACUAUAUGUGAAGAUAUUAUUCUACAGCAUUUAGAGCCAACACCCGCUUCAGAUGACCUGCCUCCAAUUUGUGAGGAUCCAGGAGAAGAACAUUCAUUUCAGGCUUUGGAAGUCAAGCAACCCAGUGUUGACACAGAAAUGGGUGCCACACAGAAUGAUGGAGAUGAAUCUCCCUUGGACAUAGAGUUGGAGCUUGUGGAGGAUGUUUGUGAAAGUCCCACUAUUCUUGCUAAUGGCUCUGAAGAAGACGGCACUGGACUGGAACUCAGUGGACCUGAAUCCAGUACAGAAGGGACAUUGGGAGAGGCUGAUAAUGAAACAGAUGCUGAAAAAGAGCAGGAAGCUGAUCCUAAUGCUGACUGUGAAACAGCCAUACAACCCGAAGAACCUAUAGAUGAUGGCCACCAAACCACUGAGUUGAAGAGUGUUGAGGAAACAUCAGAUACAGUGUGUCACACAAAAGAAAACCCAGAAGAACAAAAUGACGAUGUGCUCGAGUCAGAGACUGCAGAUGACAACUGCCAGAUUAUUCCCUUUGAGAAGGAAUGUAGUGAGGAUGGCCCUGACUCUCCUGAAGAAGAUUUGCCAUUAGAACAGCGGAAAAUGUCUGAUAACUGUCAACCCUUUGCUCUUCAGGAUGCUAGUGGGCUGGAAUGUGAGUCACUGCUGGCAGAAGAAUCUAACUUAGAUGCUUUCCUAGCAGGUUGCACUGAAAGUGCUUUGCAAGACCCAGAAGCACUCAACCAAAUGACUGAGGGGGAGCGCAGUGAUGGUGGAGAAACUGCUCCAGAGACACCCAAUGAAACAUCAGUUGAAGAUACAUGCUGUGCCAUAGAAGAACUGAAUAAAUGCCAUCGAAGCAGAACAGAGACAAAUGCAAGCAGUGAAUAUGCAAUUGAUGAAUCUGCAGCAGUCCCUGAAGUGGUGGUUGCUUAUGAUAAAGAUGAAGGAGAAACAGCCAGUGACUCCCUAGACAACCCAUAUGUAUUGGGAGAUAGUCUGCCUUUAUAUGUUGGAAAGGAAGUGGGGGAGGCUGAUGUUCAAUAUGCUUCAAGUGAUUUUCUGGAGGGAGGGAGUAUGGACACUGAAAACCACUUGCUCCCUAUUGAUCGGAAAAGCAUUGUUACUAGAACAAGGUCCCUUUCUGGAAAAGUGCCUGGAUAUGUUCCAGAAACAGUACCAGAAGAAACAGGCCCAGAUACUGACUUACAGCCCUUGAAUACAACCUCCCUGGUGUCUGAAGACUUAAGCCAUAGCUUCUCUUUGUUGGAUGGAAAGCCUAUGGAACUGAAUAGGGCAUUGCCCGAAAAGCCAAGACGCUUUAUUUUCUACCCUCGGUCUUUUUCAGUAGAAGGCAAAGACAUCCCAGGCUCUGUUUACAGAGAAUCUGAUACCUCUGUAAUGGAUUACAAUAGAAUAAACAGGACAGAAGAUCUCUCUUUGCCUUGUAUAAUUGCUUCAUCAGGUAGCUUUUCCCAGAGAAAUCACCUUCCAUCCAGUGGGCUGUCCACCCCAUCCUCAGUUGUGGAUAUACCACCUCCUUUUGAACUAGCCUGCAUCACCAAAAAGCCAAUCACUAAAAGUUCACCUUCACUUUUAAUAGAGAAUGAAUCCCCUGAUAAGUACUGCAAGAAAAAGAAGUCCUCUUUUAAAAAGUUCCUCACACUGAAGUUCAAGAAGAAGUCAGAAAAUAAAGUCCAUGUGGAUGUUCAUCUUUCUUCUUCAAGGUCUUCCUCGGAGUCUAGUUAUCAUGGACCUUCCAGGGUCGUGGAACUAGACAGGAGGAGUUUGAGUAGUUCACCUCAACUGAAAUCACGAACUGGCAAGCUGAGGGCUUCUGAGUCUCCAACUGUUCUCUUCUACAAGGAUGGCAAGAGAAAAGGGACACCCAAAACCUUCAGCAGGAGUGUGUCAAGGGUGGAGUCUUUUGAGGAUCGUUCAAGACCACCUUUCAUGCCCCUUCCAUUAACUAAGCCUAGAUCUAUAUCAUUUCCUAAUGCUGAUACUUCUGACUAUGAGAAUAUUCCAGCAAUGAACUCAGAUUAUGAAAAUAUACAAAUUCCUCCACGGAGACCCACGAGGGCAGGAACUUUUACUGAAUUUUUUGAAGAUCCUAGCAGGGCAUUAUCUGCUGCUAAUGAAAAUGAUGGCUAUGUGGAUAUGAGCAGUUUUACAGCUUUUGAGAACAACAAACAGCAGCCCACCAACCAGGAAACAGAAAGUGCCUACACAGAGCCUUACAAGGUGUGCCCUAUCUCUGAGAUUCCCAUUGAGGAUGUCACAUCAGAUGAAGAACAGAAAAGUUCUGGAGAUGAAGACAGUAACCAGGGAGAGUCCAGCCUCAUCCACAAGAAAGAAGGACAAUCCAGAGCCCACCUCAUCGCCCAGGAACUUGUGUCUUCUGAGAAAGCAUAUGUGGAGAUGCUCCGGCAGUUACAUAUGGGUUUCUACGAAGCAGUCUUAAGAGUGCUGGCACAUAAGGGUGACAAUGACCUUGGAGAAGAAAAGCUGCAGGAAGGGUUGAGAGAACUCCCAGAGAUCUACAAGCUGCAUCAAGAAAUGCUUGGAGAAAUGGAAGAAAAAGUCAUCAACUGGGAAGAACACCAGAAAGUGGCCGAUGUUUUCCUAACUAGGGAGUCCAGAUUUGGCUGCCACACAGCUUUCAUUAUGCAGUUUGAUAGGAAUUUGGCUUUGCUGGAUGAAGCCCGCCUUAAGUCUUCCCAGCUGGGUGCUGUCAUUCAGGAGUUUGAGCAGGUUCAUGACAGCAGAUCCUUGAAUGUGAAACAUCAGCUUCUCAAAGUGGUGCAGCGCAUAUUCCAAUACCAUGUGCUUCUCACAGAUUACUUGAAUAAUCUUUGUCCUGAUUCUGCUGAGUAUGAGGACACACAAGCUGCCUUGCUCCUGAUCUCUGAAGUUGCAGACCGAGCCAAUGAUAGCAUGCAACAAGGGGAAAAUUUGCAGAAGUUGGUGCAUAUAGAGCACAGUGUCAAGGGACAGAGCAACCUCCUCCAGCCAGGAAGGGUGUUUCUUAAAGAAGGAACGCUAAUGAAAGUGUCUGGAAAAAACCGGCACCCUCGACACUUGUUCUUGAUGAAUGAUGUUCUUCUGUAUACGUAUCCUCAGAAGGAUGGCAAGUAUCGGCUGAAAAAUACCUUGAAUGUAUCUGGCAUGAGGGUUAGUCGUGUCAUGACUGAGAAAGCCCAGAAUGCCCUGAAGAUUGAAUAUGCUGAAAAUUGCCUAACCCUAUCAGCAAGCUCCUGCUUUGAAAGGGAUGAGUGGUACAGCUGUAUCAGCAGAAGCAUUCCAGAUGACUACAGGGCUCACAAUGCAGCUGCUUUUCACAACAGUGUGGAACUUAGGGAAAGACUGGGGAUGUCCUUGGGUGAGAGACCCCCAACUUUGGUGCCUGUGUCUCACGUCAUGAUGUGCAUGAACUGUGGCUGUGACUUCAAGCUGACAUUGAGGCGCCAUCAUUGCCAUGCAUGUGGGAAGAUCGUGUGCCGAAACUGUUCAAGAAACAAGUAUGCUCUGAAGUACCUCAAAGACCGACUAGCAAAAGUUUGUGAUGGCUGCUAUGCAGAACUGAAGAGGAGAGAGCGGCCAAUGAGUGUGAGCUUCCCUACCAGUUCAUCCAGGUUUUCAGGCAGUGCCUUCUCUUCUGUCUUCCAUAAUAUCCACUACUCAUCCUUCAAAAGACAAAAGAAAAUCCCUUCAGCUCUUUUGGAGGUAGGACCAAGGAUGCCUGCAAAAAGGUGUCAGCCUCUGGAGAGGGUUCUUCUAUCAGUGGUUAUCUCAGUAGAUGCAAGAGGGGGAAAAGACACUGGAAGAAGCUAUGGUUUGUCAUCAAAGGCAAAGUGCUCUACACCUACACAGCAAAUGAGGAUAAAGUCGCCACAGAGAGUUUGCCUUUGCUGGGUUUCACAAUUGUCCCAGAAAAGGAAGACAGAAAUAUGGAUGCAGUUUUCCAUCUUUACCACAAGCAAACUCUGUUUUAUAGCUUCCGAGCAGAAGAUAACAAUUCCGCACAGAGGUGGAUUAAAGCCAUGGAGGAAGCAUCUGUAUUAUAGCAGUUAUCAUCCAAGUGGACUUUAAAUGAAUACCUUUAUAUUUGCAGCAAAACUCCUUGUACUGGAAGAAACAGUGUAUACCCCAACCUGGAUAUAAUGUGUCCAAGACUAUUCCCCCCCCCCCCUUUGUUCAUUCCUCCAACUUGCUUCCUUAGAAGUGGAGAUUUUAAAAUAAGGAGUAUUUAUGGCCCUUUUUCUAUCUGUGUGAUGUCAUCCUUCACUGUAUACUCCAAUAUAAUACAUUUCCAUCCUAUUUUCAAGACAUAGAAUGUAUGAUUGUUUCUGAACUUAUAAAAUAUGCUUGACUUGUUGCAUCUGGCUCAACUCCACUUACCUGUUACAAGUCCCAUCAACUCUUAAUUUGUUUUUGUGCCAUCCAUGAAAGUGAAAUACAACAUCAUACAUUUUAUUAAAACUCAGCUUCUUUUCUUCUCAUCUAAAAGCUCAGGACUGACAUAACUACCAGUCCCUUUACAAUGCCAGUGUGAAAUUGCAGCAGGCUCACUGGGAAUGCUAUCACUGAAAGUAUGUGAACAUCCUCCAUCCGCCAGUGUUUGGUAACAAGAGCCCAGGACAGUAAUUCAGCACAAACUUACUGAAAUUGAUGGUAAGAGUUUCCCUGCUUACCAGCGUUAACAGUGCAUUGCCAACCCAAACCCAAGUGAAAAUUACAUCAGUCUCCAGUCCAAAGGAUAUUAAUUUAUUGUAAGCCUUUACCUAGUUUGUUUGUUUGUUUUACCUAGUAGCAUUAAACUAUUUUAAUAGCUGA